UGUCUCUACGUCACCGUCGUCGGUCUGGAUAAUUCCACAUGAGCGAAAGAUGGCGUUCACAUUCGCGGCCUUUUGUUAUAUGUUGGCGCUACUGCUGACGGCGGCUCUUAUUUUCUUCGCUAUUUGGCAUAUCAUCGCGUUUGAUGAGCUGAAGACUGACUAUAAGAAUCCUAUAGACCAAUGUAACACAUUAAACCCCCUCGUCUUGCCGGAGUACCUCAUCCAUGUGUUCUUCUGUGUGAUGUUCCUGUGCGCGGCAGAAUGGCUUACACUUGGACUCAACAUGCCCCUGCUGGCCUAUCACGUUUGGAGGUAUAUGAGUCGCCCUGUGAUGAGUGGACCUGGAUUGUAUGAUCCCACAACUAUAAUGAAUGCUGAUAUUCUGGCAUACUGUCAGAAGGAGGGCUGGUGCAAACUUGCAUUCUACCUCCUUUCAUUCUUCUACUACCUUUAUGGGAUGAUCUACGUUUUGGUGAGCUCCUAAUCUAGAUUCAGCUGUUUUGGAAGUACGUGUAAAUGAGUUUGGGAUGCUCGGAUUUUAAAACUCAAAUGGAGCUGAAUUUGGAGUCGCCCAUCUCUCACGGUUAUGCUCGGCUGUUUCAAAUGAACAUUGACUUUAUUUACUCAUCAGCCAAGAGCAUUUCAGGAUAACUCCAGAACCACCACACAUAAUAAUAAUCAUCAAUCUGUUUAGACACUAUAUAUGUAUACAUGCCGCACCGAUGCCAAAGCGCUACACACUGAUAGCAUCAGUUUAUGAGACAGUUUAUAUUGAGCAGAUCGUGCACAAGGGUUUAGAACUGAAAACGCUAUGCGCAGAUAUUUUGUGUGUUCAAACUGUGGGACAAAAUAAAGAUCUUGAUGGUAGCAUUUUUACAGACUUCAGAAUUAUUUUAUCUUGAAUAUAUUACUGCCUUGUAGCUUAGUUGGUUCUUUAAUUUGUCCUUCAGCUUUGGUGGUUCAUGAUGUUGUCAUGUCAUGUCAUGUUGGUUUCUAAUUAUUCUGAUGCUCUCAGUGUGUGAGUGGCUUUUCUGCAUGUGCAGCCUGAAAAAAACUCCAUGUUAAUUGCUUUUAAAUUUAUUUCUUAUGUGCGCAUUUUGUAAUUUUAAGUGGAAUCAAUGUUUUCUCAUUGUGUUUGGUUUACUUCAGUUGUUGUGUUUUUUGCAAUAUAGCAGAGAUGAGUGUGGACACUGUCUGUUGAAUAUAUUGGUCUAUUGUUGGCAUGAUCUCGGUGUGCCAAGAUGCUUUUAAGAUGUAAUUACGGACAAAUAAAGUUAUCCUGUGUUUACCUACAUUCAGAGCAGCUCUGUGUUAAGGAAUCCACAGUUAGACAGUCAGUGCUGUUCUUCCCAAUCACCAAAUUAGACCAUCAAGACAAGAUUUAGAGACGUAAUGUUUUGCUUUUCCCUUUUUUCUGCUUAUUACCUUAUGUAAUUCCAGCCUGAUAUGUCCGUUUGAGUGUUUUAGAGUCUUGCAAGGACCGUAGUAAUUUUUGUGACUUGUAAUGUUGCUUUUAAGUUCCUAAUAAAGUCCCUCAGACAGA